GGGGCGGGCCUGAGGCGGCGCUUCCUGGCCGGAGAGAGCGGGAGAGGCCUGUGCCAUGGCCUGGACGGGGAGGCCGCUGGGUGUGGGCCUGGCACGCUGGAGCCCCCUCCCGGCCCAGGCAGGAGCUGCCCAGUCCGUUUGGCUGCCCAGAUCUUUGGGAAGUAUCAACUUUAGCACCAAAGAAAAAGCUGAUCCUACCAACCAACCACUUAAGAAACCAAAAUUGCCAGUAGGUCGUUUUGACGAGACAGAAGAAUCUAACGUAGAGACAGAACCUCUAGAAAAGUUUCCUGAUGGCAUCAAUCCUGUUACGAAGGAGAAAGGAGGACCCAAGGGCCCUGAACCAACCCGUUAUGGAGACUGGGAAAGGAAAGGACGCUGCAUAGAUUUUUGAAGGGCUCCAUAACACUUUGGGGAUAAAACUGAAGAUGAAGAUCACCCACAUGAGCCGUCAUGUAUUUAUGUGAAAUACUAUGCUAUAUGAAUGUUAUUUAAUGACAUUUGAAAACCUGCUUUCUAUGGAUAAUUAUGUUUUAAUAGAACAGGUUGGAUGCUGAAGAUUGUGCAAUUUUUGAAAGACUUAUAUAACUUAGAGGGAUUUUAAUUUUCAAAAAGUCUUCUAAGUCUGAUUUCAUGUUGCCAAUUUUUUUCUUUCAGUGCAGAUGUCACAGAUACUUCAAAGAAAAUCCAUUUAUUAGUUAAUAAAUGAUACGUGGGGGUAAACAUGUAUUGCCUUCUUGUGUGUGAAGCAGAUAAAUGUCUUCUACUUAUGUGAAGGACACAGUUCUGCACAAAGCAUUUAAGUUAUCACAUCCUAGAAAUCAUUGUUUUAGGUGCUUGGACCAAACACACUGAAUAUUACACAGCUGCAGUCUUUGAGUAAAGGAAGAGUUAUACCCGCCA